UUAAUACACCUGCCUCGACUUCAUCAGAUACAUCUUAUUUCUUAGUUGAAUUGCAUUCAUAUAUCAACAUGAAUAAUAUUAUGUAUAAGUUGCUGUAAACCUGUGCUUGUAUGGUUGCAGUAAAUUUUGUGAAGAUGGUUAAGAUCGUCCUAUUGAUGGGUGUCUGUGGAAGUGGAAAAUCUAUUGUUGGCAGAAUUCUUUCUGAAAAGGUUGGUUGGGAGUUUGCAGAUGCCGAUGACUUCCAUCCAGAGUCCAACAAACAGAAAAUGGCUCAACAAAUUGCCUUGACUGAUCAGGAUAGGUAUGGAUGGCUUGUUUCAUUACAUCAAAAACUUCAAAGGUGGUAUGAUGAUAAUCGAAAUGGUAUCUUGGCCUGUUCAGCCCUGAAGCAGAGUUAUCGGAAACUCCUCUUCACAGGACUGACUCUAACACCUAUUAACACUGACUCAACCUCAACACUCAGUAGCUGCAUCACAUUAGUGUAUCUAAAGGGGACCAGGGAAAUCAUUGCCCAGAGAAUGAUGAAUCGUGAUCACUUUAUGCCGGUCUCCUUAUUAGAUUCACAGCUUGAGACUCUAGAAGAGCCUACCCCUGAUGAAGGGGUGAUGGUCUUAACAGAGGAUAUUAGAGAGUCUGUGGAUUGUAUUGUAUCUCACGUCAUCAAUGUUUUGGAAGUGGAUGAACAUUAAUCCAGGCUUGAUACUUAAGAUGGGGCAAUAGAGGAAACUGCCUCCAUUGCCCUGAACGUUAUCUUGAUGCUCCCUAGCCCAGGCGCAAUUUCAUAGAGCUGCUUAAGCAGAAAACUUUUCUUAACGAUAUUGAGCUAAGCAGAAAUGAACUAGAUA